GACUAAAAGAAUAAUUUAUAAUUUUGAAGUAGUAUAAAUAUUAUUGCGUAGAGGCGUUGGAAAUGAAAAUAAGAGAAGGAAAGGAAGGAAGAAGAAGAUGAGUUUGAGGGCAUCAGAGGUAGCGAAGAAGUUGAAUCUGGAGCCUCACCCCGAAGGUGGGUUCUACGUGGAGACAUUCCGAGAUCAUUCCAUCAAUCUUUCGACUUCUCAGCUCCCCCCCGAAUACAAAGUGGAUCGCCCUGUGUCUACCUCCAUAUAUUUUCUGGUUCCGUCUGGGAGCGUGUCUCGCCUCCAUCGCAUACCCUGUUCCGAAACCUGGCAUCAUUACAUCGGCGACCCUCUCACCGUUGUGGAAUUGAAUGAGAAAGAUGGGAGUGUGAAGUUCACUUGUCUUGGAUCCGAUCUGAGUGAGAAUGAGGUGCCACAGUACACGGUUCCUCCCAACGUCUGGUUUGGUUCAUUUCCUACCAAGGACUUUACCUUCUCUGUGGAUGGGGUGUUCCAAAAAGGUGCUCCUAGAGACAGCGAGAGGAACUACUCUCUUGUAGGAUGCACCUGUGCACCUGCCUUUCAGUACCAGGACUUUGAGCUGGCCAAACCCUCCUACCUCCUCGCUCGCUUCCCCCAUUUGGACCCUCUCGUCACUGCUCUCACAUUCCCCGAGUAAUCUAUCUCUACUGCUUUUCAGAACACAAUAAUCAACAUCUACACGCCUUUCUACUUGUCUUUCUUGCCUUAUCAAUUUCACCUUUUCUUAUCUUCCUACUUCCUACUAUCCAUAGGGAGACUAGUACUAAACCUUGCCAACUAUAACUGCUUAUGCUUAUAGUUCACGUCCUUAAAUUAAUUUGGUUGAUUCUUCACUAACUUAAUCUGUAGGACGUACAUUCUUUUUUCUUCCACUAAAUAAAAAUUUAGAGGAAGGGGAUGAUGUCUCAGUUUGAGGCAGAGAAACUCCCUAAACUCAAACAACACUUACAAUCUAUCAAAUGAAUGCAGACUCGAACCUGCGACCUAUCAAAUGCGAGGCUCUGUUAUUUUCUAGUCGACCAAUCUUUUAGGAUUAGUAUGUAGGAUGUAGAAAUAUAGUUUUUAAGUAUAUUCAUUACCAUUUGAUAUCGUCUUAUGUGAAUGACAAAUAUUUUAUUGGCAGAAAUCAUACUCAUUUUGUUUCA